AUGCUCUACUACACUACACCUCGUCAGAGAGGUAGAGUCAAGUCGUGGCGAAAGGAGCGCGGCUGUGGCUAUAUCAUCCCAGAAGGGAGCCCAGAGCAACAGCUGUGGGUUGGCCGGUACAAUUUGGUCGGAGUCACUGAUCUUUGUUCAGGUGACGAAGUGUCCUUCCUAAAGGACUGGGACAUCAAAGGCCAAGGUGGGACCAAAGAGGUGGCGAUUGAUGUCCAGGUCAUGAUCCCGAAAGACCAAAAUGUUCACGAGAUCAUCCGGCAAGCAACGCAGAACAACAGCUAUCCUGCCGCGUUGAUGCACCAGCCGCACCAGCAGCCGCAGCCGCCGUACCAGCAGCCACCCGAAAGAUGCACUGGAGUUGUGAAGAGAUGGCUCGAUCACAAAGGCUUUGGUUUUCUUCGGCCGCACAAUGGCGGCGAGGACAUUUACGUGCACAAGUCUGCGCUCGAGGGCAUCACUGAACUCAAUGCCGGUGAUCAGGUGCAGUUCCUCAGGCUAGAUGCUGACGGCAAGGCAAGACGUUGGUUGGGAGUUGUUUUGAGAAAACAUCCCGCAGAGCUUUUUCCACAUCCCACUAGAUAA